AUGGCGAACGCGGAAAAUCCUGGUCGAAGUGCUGCUGCAGGAGGAGGAAUUGCCGGUGCAAUCGGGCCGGCGGCUGUCGCUGCUGCUGGAGCUCCGCCACCAAACUUUGCCAUUGAUCCCUUCGACAAGAAGAAGUUGAAGUGGAUGCGGUGGGUGGAGCGGCUGGAAAAUGCAUUUGCUAUCUAUGGAGUUGUCGAUCCGGCGAUGCAGAAAAACCUGCUUCUGCAUCAUGUGGGAUCGGAAACGUACGACAUCGCCUGCGACAAGAUUGCGCCAGACACUCCCCGACAGAAGACGUAUGCCGAGAUCGUCGAUGCCCUGGAAGGAUUCUUCAACCCCCAGCCGUUGGAAAUUAGUGAAAAUUUCCGUUUCAAGUGCCGCCGGCAAGGCGAUUCGAAUGCGGCUUCGCCCGAUGAGACAGUCGACGAGUAUUUGGUGGCAUUGCGGCGCAUCGCCGUCACCUGUAACUUUGGCGCAUACCUCGAGACGGCCCUUCGGAACCAGUUGGUCUUCGGUAUCAAACGGAAUGACAUCCGAAGCCGGCUGCUAGAGAGGAGGCAGCUGACACUCCAAGAUGCCCUGGACAUAGCCGUGAGUAUGGAGCUUUCCCGGAAAGGAGGUGCGGAAAUCGAGGGGAACCUCGGUAAGCAGGAGGUAAACGCCAUGCACCGAUCGACUGGAUUCAAAGGUAAAAAAGAGAAACAUAACAAAAUAAACGCUGGGGGAAAGUCUUUUUCUAAAGUGGGACAAAGUGCAAGCGAUUCUUCUUGUUUUCGCUGUGGGGAAAAGUCGCACUUUGCAAAUACGUGCAGGCACAAAGAUACCGUGUGUUCGUUCUGCAAACUGAAAGGACAUCUUGCGAAAGUGUGUAUGAAGAGAUCCGCCUCCGGGAGGUCGGACGCGAGCCGUGCCGGGAACAAAACGAAUGCGGCGCAAGCGAACUAUUUGCACCAAUCCGGUGACGGUGACGAUUGCGAACGUACACAAGUGCGGGAAGUGUGUACCGUGGACACUAAACUCGGUAGUGCGCGAUUCUGGUUGGACAUGCGAGUGAACGGAAAGAACAUUCGGUUCGAAGUGGACACUGGAUCGCCGGUUAGUAUCGUAAGUGCGAAGUGCCGGGACAGAUACUUUUGCGAAUCGCGGAUGCGUGGUUGCACCACAAACCUUGUGAGCUAUUGCGGUACCAGUAUCGACGUACUGGGAAUAAUCGAUGCGAGUGUCGAAUACGGAAGUGGAAAGGUUACGUUACCGCUAUACGUCGUGGACUCCGACAAACAUCCACUUCUCGGGCGCGAGUGGCUAAAUGCGAUUCCGGUCGAUUGGAACAGUGUACUCCAGAAUCCGGAUGCGGUCAACGAGAUUACAAAUGCUACUUCAACCCGUGCUGCUGCGCUGAAGGAGGUUUUGGGAAGAUUCCCGAAAGUGUUCGACGACUCCAUCGGGAAAAUUUGCAGUGUCCAGGCCAGCCUACCGUUGAAGAACAAUGCCAGGCCGGUGUUCCUGAAGGCGAGGAAGAUUCCCUUCAACUUGCAGAAAACGGUGGAGGACGAAUUGGACAAGCUCGAAGCGGAAGGAGUGCUGACGAAGGUGAACCAAAGCAACUGGGCCACUCCAAUCGUCCCGGUGAAAAAGUCCCAAGGCCGUGUGCGGAUUUGCGGGGACUAUAAACAAACGGUCAAUCCAAACCUGGUUGUGGACAGACAUCCGCUACCAACCGUGGAUGAACUUUUUGCGUCGUUGGCUGGAGGGAAGAAGUUCUCCAAAAUCGACCUCGUUCAGGCCUAUCUGCAACUGGAAGUCGCCCCGGAGGAUAGAGAGAUACCCACCCUGAGUACUCACCGUGGCUUGUAUCGUCCAAAUCGACUGAUGUACGGCGUCGCUUCGGCGCCAGCGAUCUGGCAACGCCAGAUGGAAGUGAUUCUUCAGGGAAUCGAAGGAGUCAGCGUAUUUCUGGACGAUAUCAAAGUCACGGGCCCUGAUGAUGCAACACACCUCCGACGUUUGGAAGAAGUUCUGCGGCGGCUAGACCAGCAUGGCAUUCGGGUGAAUAAGGACAAAUGCGAGUUUUUUGUGGAUCAGAUUGAGUACUGUGGCUAUCUCAUCGAUAAAGAUGGUAUCCACAAGAUACGGAAGAAGGUUGCUGCGAUCCAGGAAAUGCCUCAGCCCAAGAACAAGGAUGAAGUCCAGUCGUUCGUUGGACUGAUAAACUAUUAUGGAAGGUUCUUCGAAAACCUCAGUACGGUACUUUACCCUUUGAACAACCUCCUCAAAAACGACGUGCCGUUCAAGUGGACUAAGCAGUGCGAGGAAUCGUUCAGAAGCGUGAAGAACCAGAUGCAGUCCGAGAAAUGCCUUGCUCACUAUUCGCCCGAUUUGCCGUUGAUCCUUGCAACAGACGCGUCACCCUAUGGCGUAGGUGCGGUGCUGAGUCACCUGAUGCCGGACGGAACGGAACGUCCGAUACAGUUCGCUUCCCAGACGCUCAACCGAGUUCAGCAAAACUACAUGCAAGUAGAUAAGGAAGCAUACGCGAUCAUUUUCGGCGUCAAGAAAUUUUUCCAGUUCCUGUACGGCCGGAAGUUCAUGCUGAUCACCGACAACCAAGCGAUAUCCAAGAUAUUCGGAGAGCACAAGGGACUGCCGGUGAUGUCAGCUCUUCGAAUGCAACAUUACGCAACCUACUUACAGUCGUUCGACUACGAGAUCCGUUUUAGAAAGUCUGUCGACCACGCUAACGCGGAUGCAAUGUCCCGGAUCCCUCUUUCUCAAGCAGAUCCGGAGAACGUGAUUAAAGAGGCCGACGUCAUCGAGCUUAACCAGAUCGAGUCGUUGCCGUUGACUGCUGCGGAGCUGGCUCAGGCCACGGCCGAGGACCGGUCGGUGCGGAAUCUCAUCCAAGGAAUCAAACACGGCCAGCCAGUGGAUCCCAAAGAUCGCUUCGGGGUGGAACAAACCGAGUUUUCACUCCAUAAAGGUUGCCUUCUGAGAGGAAUACGCGUCUACGUACCGCCGGCACUGAGGAGGAAAGUGCUGGACGAGCUGCACUCUACCCAUUUCGGAACAACCCGGACGAAGUCAUUAGCCCGAGGAUACUGCUGGUGGGUAGGAAUGGACCACGACAUUGAGGACAUGGUUUCCAACUGCGCCGAGUGUCAAUCGGUCAGGCCGGAACCUGCGAAAACUAGACUGCACUGCUGGGAGACGCCGACAAUGCCGUUCCAGCGGGUCCACGUAGAUUUUGCGGGCCCGUUUCAAGACACGUACUUCUUUAUUUUGGUCGACGCGUACAGCAAGUGGCCGGAGAUAAAGGUGUGCAAAUCAAUCACGGCGGAGAGUACGGUGAACAUGUGCCGGGAGAUAUUUGCCACCUACGGAAUACCAUCGGUUCUAGUCAGUGAUCAUGGUGUUCAAUUCACGUCGGAAACUUUCCAACAGUUCCUGCGGAUGAACGGUGUGGUACACAAAAUGGGAGCACCGUAUCACCCAUCGACGAACGGACAAGCAGAGCGCUACGUGCAAACCUUUAAACAAAAGCUGAAAGCUCUGAAGUGUCCGAAGUCUGAGUUCAACCUGGAGUUAUCAAACAUACUGCUGACCUACAGGAAGAUGCUGCAUCCGUCAACGGGCCAAUCGCCGUCAAUGCUGAUGUUCGGUCGUCAGAUCCGCUCAAGACUGGAUUUGAUGCUGCCGAAAAACGAACCGAAACCUGCCGAUCCGACGUUGGAGAAAGUUCUGCAAGGCUGUCGUGGCACAGUCAGUUAUCUGGUCGACGUUAUGGUGUCAGGUAGAACCGUGGAAGAACACCUGGAAAACCUGAAUGCGGUGCUAACGCGACUCAAGGAAGCGGGAUUCGUACUGAACAUGCAGAAGUGCGAAUUUUUCAAACAAGAAGUCGGUUAUCUUUGUCACGUCAUCGACCAGGAUGGACUGCACAAGGACCCUGAAAAAGUUCAAGCAAUCAUGGAUGUCAAACCGCCGAAGGAUGUCAAGGAAGUUCGAGCAUUCGUGGGCCUAGCGAACUAUUAUGCGAAGUUUUGCCCAAGUUUGGCCCAGUAUAUGAAACCGUUGUACGAGCUGCUGAGGGACGACGUGAAGUUUUCCUGGACGGAGAAUCGGCAGAGAGCGUUUGCAGCCAUCAAGAAGCUGCUCUCGGAGGACACGGUACUGGUGCAUUACAACUCGGACAUGCCGAUCAAGCUCUAUUGCGACGCUUCGAACGAAGGUGUGUGCUGCAUGGCUCAGGCACUCAUAUAG